AUAAAAGGGCCGGCCAGGCGGCGGUGACCCACCGUGGAGUUGGAGACGUCCAAGAGUCAAGAUGUUGGGAGUCCUGCUGCUCUUCUGCCUUGCAGUGCUGGGCCAUGCUGAACGGCCAACUUUACUCAUGGAUCUGGACGAACGAGUGGUGGGAGGAGAGGAAGCCCGCCGGAACUCCUGGCCAUGGCAGAUCUCGCUCCAGUACAUGUCAGGCAGCUACUGGUACCACACCUGUGGAGGGACUCUGAUCAAGACCAACUGGGUGAUGACUGCGGCUCACUGUGUCGACAGAUCGAUGACUUUCCGCGUGGUGCUCGGCGAUCACAACAUCAAUAGCAACGAUGGCACCGAGCAGUACAUCGCCGUGCAGAGGGUCUUCGUCCACCCCUACUGGAACAGCAACAACGUGGCAGCCGGGUACGACAUUGCAGUGCUGAAGCUGGCAUCGGCCGCCACUAUCAACUCCUACGUCCAGCUGGGGGUGCUACCAGCCAAUGGGCAGAUCCUUUCCAAUAACUAUCCCUGCUACAUUUCAGGCUGGGGGAUGACCAGAACUAAUGGGCAGAUUUCCCCCACACUCCAGCAGGCCUACCUGCCCGUGGUGGACUAUGCAACAUGCUCUAGAAGCAACUGGUGGGGCUCUACCGUGAAGAGCAGCAUGGUGUGUGCUGGUGGAGACGGCGUGAGGUCCGGCUGCCAGGGGGAUUCCGGUGGACCACUGAACUGCCAGGUCAGCGGAAGAUACCAGGUCCAUGGAGUGACCAGCUUCGUCUCAGCCAGUGGCUGCAAUGUCCAGAUGAAGCCAACGGUGUUCACACGGGUCUCGGCCUACAUUAACUGGAUAGAGGAAACCACCUCCAGGAACUGAGGCUGACUGACCGCCACGCUGGAUUGAAAAAACAAACAGAAAAGCGGCACCAUUUCAAUAAACGGUUUGCAUGUCA